CCCAAACUCUCCUUCUUCCUCCUGUUCAUCCUUCCAUUUCCAGCCGAUGCCGGCACCGGAUUAAACCCGAUUGACGGGUGCUGGCGGGGCCUGGACUACACUGUUGACCGAUCAAAGCUCGCGACUUGCUCGGUAGGAUUCACCGGAAAAAUGACGCAGAACGUGGGGCCGGGCUUAAGGAUGUACAAGGUCACGGACCCUAGCGAUGACCCGGUAAACCCUAGGCCGGGUACGUUGCGCUAUGGAGCGACGACGAUUGCCGGAAAAGUUUGGAUCAGUUUUGAAGGAGAUGUGCUCAUCAAGCUCAGGAGGCCUCUCCUCGUCAGUAGUUACACUGCCAUUGAUGGUAGAGGGGCUAACGUGCGUAUUGAAAAUGGAGAUGGCUUCUUGCUUCGCGAGGUGAAGAAUGUGAUCAUCCACGGGCUGAACUUCCACCACAACCAACCCACUACCGCAGGCCCAGUCGUAGGUCCGGGAGGAGCAGUUGAUGAUCAUGGCAAAUCUGAUGGCGAUGCUAUCAGCAUAAUGCAUUCGAACAACAUCUGGAUCGAUCACAACACCCUCUCUCAGGGACAAGAUGGUCUCAUUGACGUUACACAUGGGUCGACCAAUGUAACCAUUUCCAACAACUGGUUCAUGGACCACGAUAAGGUCAUGCUGCUCGGUCACAGUGAUACCUUCGUCGAGGAUAGCGAAAUGAAGGUCACAGUUGCAUUUAAUAGGUUCGGACCUAACUGUAACCAGCGCAUGCCUAGGGUUCGAAGAGGGUACGCUCAUGUGGUGAAUAAUUUCUAUGAUGGGUGGAAGGAGUACGCAAUUGGUGGUAGCAUGAACCCCUCUAUCACAAGCCAAGCCAAUGUGUUUGUUGCUCCCGAAUCUAACAAAGAGGUAGCAUGGGAAGAACCAGGGAAUGCAAAGUGGAAUUUCAAGUCGGUGGGCGAUGGUUUCGUCAACGGAGCAAGAUUUGGGCAGGCGAACGAAAGUCAAAGCGGACCUUUGUAUGCAUCUCAGCAAAUGUUUACGGUUGGAAAACAGGAAGAAGUGAGGUCGUUGACGAGAGAUGCAGGUGCACUCAAAUGCCAUGGAAAGACAUGUUGAGCAGUAAAGAUCUUGAAAUUUCUCUUUGUUGCAGUAGUUGAUCCUGGACCUGAAAAAGGAAGCUCAUUACCUUAGGGAUUAGGCAAUUUGUUUUAUCGAUUUUGGAGCCAUUUUUUUAGGAUUAGGCAAGUGAAAUUUUAACAGCAGUUGCUGGCUUAG